CCACUUUAUAAUCAUAAACCCUCUCAUCAACUCUUAACCUAGCCUUGAAGAAGAAGCAAAAUCUAUUGCCUUGACAUUGCCGGCGACGAUCCAAAGAAAUGGAGAGAGGAGGGCUAGGGCUUGAGAUCACGGAGCUGCGUCUAGGGCUUCCAGGGGCAGACGGUUUGAGUUUUGCAGAGAAGAACGAGAAGAAGAGGGCCUUCUUGGAGAUUAUCGAGGAGGGGUUGGGAUCGAGUAAGGGGCACGAUGAUCGGAAGGCCCCUCCAGCGAAGAGUCAGGUUGUGGGGUGGCCCCCGGUGUGUUCGUACCGGAAGAAGAACAGCUUCACCGAGAAAGAUCGUGCUGAGAAUUCAAAGAAUACAUGCGUGAAAGUUAGUAUGGAUGGAGCAAUAUAUCUCCGUAAGAUUGAUCUAAGCAUGCAAAACGGAUACUCGGAACUUGCCUCAGCUCUCGAGAAGCUCUUUGGGUGCUAUGGCAUUGGUGAGGGAUUGAAGGAGGCAGAGAGUGGUGAAUACAAGCUCAUCUACGAAGAUAAAGAUGAGGACUGGAUGCUCGUCGGAGACGUUCCAUGGGAAAUGUUCAUAGAAUCAUGCAAGAGGCUGAGGAUCAUGAAGGGAUCAGAGGCAAAGCACUUGGGGCUGUCGCAGGCAAGGGACUUUCUCAAAGGAGCCUUCUUGAAAGAUCAGUGAAAGAACUCCAGCCAUGACACCGGAAAAUUAAGCUUAAAAAGAGCAAUGAACCACAAAAUAUUCGCCCGGAGAAAAUAACUCAGUUAGUUGUCUUCGUCGAGAGUUUAACAUCAUGGUUGAUCUUCUUAAUUAUGUAUAAGUCUACACAUAAGAUUAAUUAAUUAAUUAAACAAUAAUUAGUUUCUUUUGGGUGAAGUGUCUGUUUAAUUUAGUGAUUAAAUACAUGGUAUCUGCUUCCGUUGUUAGUGCACUUUCCUUAUUUACCCAUAAAGAUCCAUGGAUAUGGGUAAAACAUGUCUCUGUACCGUUGUGAUUUAGUUAUGGAUGAUGAUCAUCUUAAUAUGUGUGAAUUUAAGUCAGUACGUACGUAUGUCUUGUUGA